UCUAUCGAUUUAUUGUGAGAAAGGAAAACGGACGAGUCGAGUGCAACAUUUGCGAAUUGCCCCUGCUGCGCGCGUGCACUUUUUAUUAAUCUCCCGUAUAAAUCAGAUAUCGCAGCGCUUUUCUCUCGUGUGCAUUUCAAACGCGCUCCGCUAACACACAAAAAAUAGAAAGAAAGAAAGAAGAGCAAAGCAAAAGGCAAAAGCUUAAAUCGUCGAGAGUGAAAAAAAAACGAAUAGAAUUUCGAGCUAAAAGCAAGCGAAGCUAAGAGCACGAGGAAUAACAGCCAGUGAGCGGAAUACCAGGGAGUCCAAGAAAAAAAAGCAGGGACAAGGAGCAACACCAGGUGGUGUGGAGCAGAAGCUGGCGCGUCUGGGGCAGUGACACGUGAUCAGGUGGGAAGCCACAUCCAGUCUUCAGCCAGCCAGCCAGUCCAGAUAGACAACAGCAGCAGCAGCAGCGAAACUCCGGAGCAGUCAGCAGUCGAGGACGCAGGCGGGCCAGUCGGAGGAUCGGGCAACCAUGUCUUCGCCGGCGGCGCAGAGCAACAGCAGCAGCAGCCAGUCGCAGUCCGCAGCCCAGCAGCAGCAGCAGAAUCAAAAGGCGAAUGUCAACAACACACACGACAACAAGAAUGCAGCGGCGACGACGGGGACAUCGGGGGGAUCGGCUGGAGGAGCAGGAUCCGCUGGAGCUGGGGCGGGCACACAACAGCAGGGGCAGGGCGGCACUGGAACCGGAAGCGGUAGCGGACCAUCGAGCCCCACCAAGCGCAGCACAAUAUCGACAAAGGAGCGUGUGAUCGACAGCGUGCCAUUUCCGCCAAGUCGCAAACUCACCUGUGCGGAUGUCUUUGACGCGCGAACCGGAAAGCCGCAGCACGAUGUCCUCAAGCAGCACUUUAUACUGGAGGGCAGGAUCGAGGAGAGUGCCGCCCUGCGGAUUAUCCAGGAGGGUGCCACGCUCCUGCGCACGGAAAAGACGAUGAUCGACAUUGAGGCGCCGGUGACGGUGUGCGGCGAUAUCCAUGGACAGUUCUACGACCUGAUGAAGCUAUUCGAGAUCGGCGGCUCACCGGCGACCACCAAGUAUCUGUUCCUGGGCGACUACGUCGAUCGGGGCUACUUCAGCAUCGAGUGCGUCCUGUAUUUGUGGUCGCUGAAGAUCACCUAUCCGCAGACGCUGUUCCUGCUGCGCGGCAACCACGAGUGCCGGCAUCUGACCGAGUACUUCACCUUCAAGCAGGAGUGCAAGAUCAAGUACUCGGAGCGCGUGUACGACGCCUGCAUGGACGCAUUCGACUGCCUGCCGCUGGCGGCGCUGAUGAACCAGCAGUUCCUGUGCGUCCACGGCGGCCUGUCGCCCGAGAUCCAUGAGCUGGAGGACAUCCGGCGGCUCGACCGCUUCAAGGAGCCGCCCGCCUUCGGCCCAAUGUGCGACCUGCUGUGGUCCGAUCCGCUGGAGGACUUUGGCAACGAGAAGAACUCGGACUUCUACACGCACAACUCCGUGCGCGGCUGCUCGUACUUCUACAGCUACGCCGCCUGCUGCGACUUCCUGCAGAACAACAACCUGCUGUCGAUCAUCCGGGCGCACGAGGCGCAGGACGCCGGCUACCGCAUGUACCGCAAGAGCCAGACCACCGGCUUCCCCUCGCUGAUCACCAUCUUCUCGGCGCCCAACUAUCUCGACGUGUACAACAACAAGGCGGCGGUGCUGAAGUACGAGAACAACGUGAUGAACAUCCGGCAGUUCAACUGCUCGCCGCACCCGUACUGGCUGCCCAACUUCAUGGACGUGUUCACCUGGUCGCUGCCCUUCGUGGGCGAGAAGGUCACCGAGAUGCUGGUGAACGUGCUGAACAUCUGCUCCGACGACGAGCUCAUGACCGAGGAGAGCGAGGAGCCGCUCUCGGACGACGAGGCGGCGCUGCGCAAGGAGGUCAUCCGCAACAAGAUCCGUGCCAUCGGCAAGAUGGCGCGCGUCUUCUCCGUGCUGCGCGAGGAGUCCGAGUCGGUGCUGCAGCUGAAGGGCCUGACGCCCACGGGCGCCCUGCCCCUCGGCGCCUUAUCCGGCGGCAAGCAGUCGCUCAAGAACGCCAUGCAGGGCUUCUCGCCCAACCACAAGAUUACCUCGUUCGCGGAGGCCAAGGGCCUGGAUGCCGUCAACGAACGGAUGCCGCCGCGGCGGGAUGCCACGCCCUCGCCGGCGGAGGAGGGCCAGAAAUCACUGUCAGCCGCGGCAGCAGCAGCGGCCAAUGCAAAUGCGAAUUCAAUCAAUGGAUAAUUCUAAGUCAGUUAGCACCAGCUACAGCUAUAUAACAAGUCAAGUUAGUCAGAUAGUCGAUGGAUCGAUGGAUCUCUAGAUCCAGGGGAUCGCAGGAUCGUCGGAGGAGCAGGAGGAAGAGGAGAAGGAGGAGGAGGAGGAGCAGCAAUGUCAGUUAGUAGUCGACAAUUAAGCAGCGAACGGUGGGAGGGAGUCAGCUUAACAGUUCGGAACAGAGGAAUGGUCUCAAGUUCGGCUCAAAGGAGAUACAAACUGGGCAUACUUACAUACAAUACAGCUAAUUGAAAGAUCAUAAUAUAUAGGAGGCGAAGUUGAUCAAGGAUAGUAUGGAUUAAGAUCAAGAGCAGAGACACCACAACAACAACAACACAGCAAGCGUUAACGAGUACUUAUUGGUAUUAAAUGCAAACAAUUGAAAGUAAAAACACCCCCCUAAAAUGGAAGCUAAUUAUAAAGUUGAAUGAUUAUAGAAUUAUAUAUAUAAAUAUAUAUAUAUAUAUAUAUCAAAAUUUUGUGCAACGUUAUAUCAAAAGAGCAAAUGUAAAAGCUAAGCAAAAGUUUAAAAAUGCCCGGCUUUUGGCAAGGAGUUGACAAGGAGCAGUAGACAGAUGCAGUUGCAAGUUGCGCGCAUUCCCAAGAUUUAAAAAAGAAAAGAAAAAACGAUUUAAAACCAAAAAACUUAAUGCAAGCAAAUUAGGUAAUUUAAAUUAUUUGCUAACAAAUUGUAAAACGAAUCGAAAACCAACUCUCAUCUCUGUAAAGUCAAACCAAACGAAGUGACGAAAGCUAAAGAGAACUAAAUCUAGCAUCUAAACUGAAGCCAAAAAGCUGAAGGAAAUUUUACUACUUUCGUUGUGUGGCGUCUGCGGCGACUUCUUCUCAAACCGAAAUACAAAAAAAAAAAAAAAUAAUAUAAUGAAACAACUUCCUACUACUACAA